AUGGCAUUUCAACAAUUUCAGACGGAUAAAAUUUGUAGAACUUGUUUAUCGGAAGAGAAUCUGCUACGAUCUCUAUUUACUAUUGAUGAAUCUAUUGCUGAAAAUUUACCAUUAGUGGAGAUGUUGAUGUCUUUUACAUCAUUGCAAGUAAUAAUGGAUGACAACUUGCCACACCAAGUAUGUAUUCAAUGUGCCUACUACAUUCAGAGAGUUUUUUCUUUUAAGCAAAUGUGUGAGAGGUCUGAAACUGUUCUUAGAGGCAUGAUAAACAGCCAAUUGCAAAGAGAUUUCUUGGAAUUGAAACCUUUAUUAACUAGUCAAUCUUUAUCACCUGAUUGUACUGGUACUUUACUGGAAAGCCAGAAUCGAACUGUUAGUGAAUUAAAGUCAGAACUGACAUUAUCAAAUUCUGUUUCAGAAAACAUAGUUGUUAACGAAGUUAUCUCAUCUAGUAAUGAAGCACUUAAAAGCGUAGAAUCUAUUCAAUCUUAUUUAGAAAAUGUUGGUGAUCAUCUAUCUGAUAAUGAAGACAUUAAGAGUUGUGGUUUAGAUAUCAAGUAUACUGAAUUUACUGCUGUGCAUUUUUCUAAUAGCAAUGAAGGAGUUAUAGAUACAGGUCAAGAUAAAAUAGUUCAAAACACUGUUAAUAAUAAAGAUACAAACCAACCACAAAAUGAUAGAACUAGAACUGAUGAAACUGAAGAACCUAUAUAUCCUUGUGAAGAAUGUACUCUUUGUUUUACUACACAGACUGAUUUAAAGGCACAUAGUAAAAUUCACUAUAAGUCAGGCCAGAUUAUUUGUAAGAUUUGUAAACAAGUAUUUUCCAGUCAAAGCACAUUAUGUAGACAUAUGAAAACACACAAUGGAGCGAGAAAGCAUGUUUGUAAUGAAUGUGGUAAAGGAUUCACCAGAUCAGAUGAUCUCACAAGACAUUUGCGGACUCACACAGGUGAAAAACCAUUUAAAUGUGAAGAAUGCGGAAAAUCUUUUGCCCAAUCAUUUAGAUUAUUAGAACACACAAGAGCACAUGCUGAUAAAAAGACCUUUAUAUGUUCAGUUUGUGGGAAAGCAUUUUCGAGAUAUACAAGUUUUGCAGCUCAUAGUAAAACCCACAGUGGUAUAAAGAAUGUGAUUUGUUCUGUUUGUGGCAAAGGGUUAUGUGGAACAGGAUCUUUGGCGAUACACAUGAAAACUCAUACUGGAGUUAAAGAUCACAUAUGUCCAUUCUGCGGAAAAGGAUUUACUACACCUAGUAAUUUAAAUAUUCAUAAACGGAUACACACAGGUGAAAGACCUUACGUUUGCAACGAUUGUGGCAAGGGAUUCCCUGACCUGUCUCGUCUUACCGUCCAUUCGAGAUUACACACAGGAGAAAAACCUUACGUUUGUUCAACGUGCGGUCGGGGUUGCAUAACUUCCUCUCAACUGAAAAAACAUAUACGAAUACAUUCUGGUGAAAAGCCAUAUCUGUGUCAACUAUGUCCAAGGGCGUUUAUAAGGAGCGACGAUUUAAAAACACAUGUAAAGACUCAUACAGGUGAUAGGAGCCAUGUGUGCACCUACUGUAAUAAAGGUUUCUUCCAGGCAUCAACUCUAAAAGUUCACAUGAGGAUACAUACUGGCGAAAAACCCUACGACUGCAAAAUAUGUAAUAUUUCCUUUUCUCAAACAGGUCCCUUAACGACUCAUAUGAUGAAGGUUCACUGCCAUCUACUGAAGAAAGAAAAUGUAGAACAAAAUAUACAAGGCAGUUAA